AUGAAGGAGCACGGAAGCAAACUUCCGGCGGAGCAGCCUGCGAAAAUUCUCAAGUCCUUGUUGAAAAAGCCUGGCCAAUCGAAGGCGAGAUCGCAGAAAAACCGUGUGGUCAUCAACGAGAAGCUGAACGAGUUUUUCGCCGCUGAUUACAUAAUACUGAUAAAGGAGGAAUGUUGCGCCGACUACGAGGAGGAUUGCGACUGUUGCUGCCAGGAGCACGAACUGAUGCGCCUCGGCAACUGUAAGGAAUGCCGGGCCGAGUUGAAUCUUCAUUUCGGCGUCUCGGACAACAAUCGAUACCACCACGAUAUAGAGAGGGACGGCGAAAUGAUACACGAGAACACGUUCAGAGAGGAGGAAAGCUGCGCUCGCGAAGGAUUCGAGUGCGUGGAGUUGCAUGUGGAGGACGAGGACGAGGACGAGGAAUAUGAGAUCGAGGUGGAAGGAGACGACGAGGAGAUGGAAGAGGCGGAGGAAGAGGAAGAGGAAGAAUUAGCGGUCGAAGAGGAUAUUAGAGAGGAUGUGGCGAGGAGGAAGGAGGGGCGCGUCGUUGCGCCGCAAAAAGGGCUCCAAGCGCGAAAGAACGUGGACGAGCAAGCAGUGGGCAAAGUGGGAAACUCGGCUGAUCUACGAGACAAGGUGGUGGUGAAAAGUCGCGACAGACCGGCCGAUGGGCCGAAGGACGUCGACAGCCACAGGCGAAUUCCAAGCGAAUUCGCUUCGCCGCCAUUGACGAUCGUAUCGUCUACGUUGUCCUCACCCUCGCCGCCUCCUCCGCCGCCGCCGCCGCUACCACCGCCCCCGCCACCUCCACCACCGCCACCGCCGCCGCCGCCACCACCACCUCCUCCGCCGCCGCCGUCACAACCAUCAUCGAUAGAAAGACCAUCGCCGUUGCUUUCGAGGCAAGAUCAUCAACAAGAGACACUGAGCCCACCGGAAGGUUACAAGGAUGUUUACUCCAACGGGGAACUUUCCAACGUGGCAGAGUGUUGCUUACGAUCGUCGUUGGAUUAUCUUCGAACGACGGGUACAGAGGGAGAGUCGCGAUGCAACCAUGGAUUAAUAGAAAGUAGCAACGGGAACGUACAAAAACCAGACCAACAACUGCCAGCAAAAGCAACUAACAAUGGUACACUCGAGGAAGAGGACAUCGACUUGCAACAGGGGAAGAAAGCUAGCCGAAAAAACGCUCUUUGCGAGGAAACAACGAUCAAUCGGCCGACAAACAACCACGUCACCACGGACGACAACGACUCGGUCGUCGAAUGUGUGGUGCGCAGCGAAGAACCGCUUUGUUGCCGCAACGCGAACGAUGAUAACCAGUCGAGUUGUUUGCCUAAGAAAACGACGACCAACGACGACCAACGCGAUACGGAAGAGCGCGACAACGAGAAUCGACUUGCGGUAAAUCAAACGUCGUCCGACAUGAAGGAACUUUCACUUGUAUUUAAACUGGGCAAUUCUGCUCUGACGGGUAACAGUCUCAAGCCGAAUUCCGCUGUCAGACAAUUGUUCCCCAAUCCAAAGUUCGUCUCACCGCCGCCGGCUCCUCUCGGCAAGUUGAUUUCAUCGGCGCACGCCCUGCCCGACGACGAGCAACAGGACAGCCCGGCGGCAUUUCUCGUCACCGCUGAGAACUUGCGUUUCCUCGACGUUGCCAACAGAUCGAAGAUCCCCGACAACGGUCAAGCCUCUGCCAACGACGACUCGAUGAAUCCGAUUCGGAGGACGAUCGAGAGGAACACUCUUCGAAGAAGUCUCCUCGACAAGUAUCGCACGAAUUCGCGAAAGAAAGGUCAUCCAUCGAAGAACUUGUCGCUGGAGGAGCGUAUACGUCAGCUCACCUGCGUGGACCAAGAGGAAGAGGACGUUUGUCAAAACUCGAGCAAGGACGUUACAGACUCGUUCACCAAUACGGCGGAUAUCGACGACCAACUGUCGAUACACGCUCCGUUAUCGGCGCACGAGGAAACUGGAUUCAGCGGCGGCGGCGGCGGCGGCGGAAUAUCCUGCUCCAAUUCAAACGGUAUCGAUGUCGACAUGUCGACGGUGGCUGCGUUACCAGCCAGUAUACACGCCGGCACGAAAUUCACCGCGUUCUCGGACGCAGCGACCAUGACGACCGGCAUGAUGGCCAACGCUACCGUUACGUUAACAACCACGGCGAUGCCAACGUCAACGAUGCUCACGUCCUCGAGCUUGUCGUCGGUGAUAACCGCGGUAGGAAUGACAACCAUGACGACCAUGACGACCACAACGGUCACAGGCUCUACAAGUUACUACAAGCAAAAUCCUUCUGCUACCACUACUAGCACCGCAACAGCCCCCGAUAGCAUACACAGCCAGUCGACGUACAAGAAACUGACCGACUUGUUCGUGCAUAAACGAAGUGUUCAUUCAAACUUGCCGGAUCUCGGCCUCGGGAGCAACAACGGGAAGAGCAACAAUGCCAAUGCGAAAGAUGGCCAUCAAUCGAGGAACUCGUUGAAAGCGAACAACUCGGAGAACGGGCGUAGGCAAUUCCUAGCCAGCCUCGCGCCGUUGUCCUGCGUAACUGUGAACAACGCGGAUCAAGAGGAUUAUUAUCGAUACAACUCUAGAAUAAUGGUGAACGAGAAUCGUGGCCCGACGGUGGGCUACAACGCGUUCUCGCCUUACAGUCUGGAGGACAUCGAGGCGGCGCUUUGCGAGGACGAUCGAAGUUACGUGGGACCGCCGGAUGUUACGAAAGGCACGCCAACAACGGGCGUUAACAACAGGCCCGACAUAGGCGACAGCACGGCCGACGAGCUGCUAGCAUUCGUAGAGCAGGACAAGUUCAGGACCGAGAGGCUAAAGCGGCGUUACAACGAAGCCGAGAAUCAGUAUCAGCCGAUGAUAAACAUUGCCAGUAUCAACAACAGUUACAACGUAGAGAGCAAAAAGAUGGACAGAGUGGCGGAUGGAAAGAGCGAGGGUAACGAUAGUCGGCACUUACUGUGUUUUGCGCACACUGAGAACGUCAGUCUACGUGCUGGUAGUGGCAGUGGUAGUAGUAGCAAUGGUAGUAGUGGUGGUGUUGGUGGGUGUAGUGAGGACGAGAACAACAUGGGCUCGUUUCACCAACGAACGGUUCUGGAAAACGACAACACGAACGUUCUGAGAACGAGCUUCCACUCCUCGUUACCGGCGUAUUACGAGAACAACUGCGUCAACGUUGAUGGCCGUGUCGCGUUGUACGACGAGACGAUGGAUGCUACGAACUCGUACGUUGGUACGUUGGUCGCCGACGAGCAAGACGCCAACACGAUUAACAGAAUAAAUACGAUGCAGAAGCAGAUCGACGACAUUUAUCAAACUAUCGUUGAGAAUACCAACGUCACUGCUCAAAACUCGUUGGAUCGUGAACCGUACACGGACGAGCUGUUCGUACAAGCGCGGCAACAUCCUCGAUCGUCCUCGGCGAGCGACGGCGCUUUCCGUUUUUAUCAAGAUCCAAGGAACGGGCAGCAACAGCAGUAUUUCCAAGAGCAAUUGAACGUCGCGAAUACGCGAGCUGCUCGCGGUGUCGCGACCGGAGCCGAAGACACCGACAUGAACAACAUCGCUGCCGUUGGUAUCGGUGGUGUCGGUGCUAUCGGUGCUAUCGGUAGAAAUUGUCCAAGCGGCGGCGGCCCUUCGGUGAAAGCUCGACGAAGGGAACCUAUCGUAACGACUCCUACCAAUUAUCGGUGUAACAUAGUGCCUACGACCGUGUAUACCGGACUCCCUGCUAAUGGCAAGUGUUACCGAACCAUGUACUUCGUUCCGUACAACGGGCUGUCCGACCCAACUUAUCAGAAUAUUCAACGCAUUCUGCCGUCGCAUCCUUCUCCCAGUUACGCGAAUCACAUCGAGAGAUAUUUCCAUUUGGGGAAUCGUUCGGUAUCGCCGAUAUCGAGUCUCACUCAAAACCUCGAUCACGCUUCGCCACUGCCUGCCGCCGCCGCCGCCGCCGCCGCCGCCGCCGCCGCCGCUUCUUCCAUCCCUGUACCUCCGUCUGAUUCCUCCUCUCCCCUCUUUGACUCACGGCUCACGUCCAUCUCGUCGCCGAAUCCGAUCGCCUUACCCCCCGGCCAACAGACCUUGCACCUUCAUUUGCAUCAUCAUCAGCAACCGACGGACGACUUCCGCAUUUCCGGCGUCACGUUCUCCUCGGUUCCUCAUCCCACCGCCAAUCACUCGUUGCAGCUCCAUCAUCACGCGCAACAUCAGCAUCAUCCGUAUCAUCGACACAAUCACCAGCCUGCCUUCUAUUGUUUACCAUCGACCGUAUCCGCCUCGUCCAUGGCGUCUUCCUCGUCGUCAUCUUACACCGUGAUAGCACCCUCGAGAUGCGCCACGUUCAAUGGCACCACCGGAAUGGCCACCACCGACGGAUCUUAUCGAUUCUACCAAGUACACUUGGGACACACGCUUCUCACCGCACCACCUUCGUCCGACGUUCAGUCGGCGCAAACGUCGUUUUUGUCAUCCGCAGCCUCGUCCGCCUCCAUCUCGGUACCAUCGAACUCCGCCUCGUUCUCUCCUUCGCUGCCAUCGUCAUCCUCUUCUCUGCCGUCCACCUUCCCUUCUCUGCCAACUGUCACCCCUCAACCUUCCGUUCCAACGCCUCAGCAGAACCCCACCGCCAACUUUCUUCUCCCGAAUCACAUGUCACCGGACACUAUGCAUCGCAGCAGUGCCAACUUCGACGCCGUGUGUCGCGCAGCGUCAACAACUGUCCAGCCUGUUCUUUCUAACAACGUUGUGUCUUCUACGCCGUCCACCGUCACCGUUUUCUCUUCCCCCGUUUCCUGCGCUCUCUCGUCGUCUUCCUCCUCUUCCACCUCGGUCUCGUCCUCCUCUUCCUCCUCUUCAUCUUCUUCCUCGUCUUGUUCCUUCUCCUCGUCGUCGUCCUCCUCGUCCUCGUCCUGUUCCUCUUCAUCUUCCCUGCAAAUCCCCUGCUCCCCUUCCAAGCUACACCAGCAACAGAUAAUUGGCAACUACACGACCAUGGAACGGGGAGUCCCCGAAGGAGCGGCCAGCGCACCCUCCCACGACGUGUCGCAGUCCGGAAUUUUGCUUACGACGAAUUCCUACGUCGCGCAUAAUUCGAACGGCGUACAAGCUUUACCAGCGCACGCGCAAAAUUCCGUAUAUUACGCCAUGAACGUUUAA